AUGAUGUUCUCGUCAUCUCCCGUCCUCUAUGCUCCUAGCUCUUCACCACCCCCCUUACCUACGAACAAAAAGAAACGCCGACUGUUCCAACCGUUUCCCGUCGAGCAGCAAUCAAAGAGGACUAAGGUGGUGGCCGGCUUUGAAGUCGAUGACGACGAAGAUGAGGACGAGAACAAUGCUGAGACCAGGCCGAAGAAUGUUGAUCAACCAGUCUCGCGGGUAGACAAGGGUGCAGCCCAUCCACAAUCACGGGAAGAUCUCGUGGAACCCGCACUAAUGAAUAGUAUAUCAGAAACUGCAACAAGCCGACAUACUCCGUCCAGCCCACACCUGCCUCCUCUUCCUCGCCCGUUGCUCAGAAAGCGGCAACAGGGAGGCGUUACCCUGCAGACAUCUUCUGGCACAGCGUUGAACAUCCCCACCAGGCAAAAGUCUGAAGCUUUGUCAUAUGAGCAGACCAUUGCGCAGCGUUCGGUAGCCGUGGAAGGACGUGCAAAGAAAGCGUACUACGGCAUUGAAAUCCACAAGCUGAUGGACGAUGCAAAGACGCUCCGGCAACUUGACGAGUUUGAGAAACAGAGCAAAAGUCAACAGCAGGCCAUGGACUUGCCCACAAACAUGACAUCAGCAGGUUCAAAUCCAGUGGCCCACCAGAUGUGGACGGAGAAAUACCGCGCAAGGAAAUUCACGGAGCUUGUGGGUGACGAAAGAACUCAUCGACAGGUCCUUCGAUGGCUCAAAGAGUGGGAUGAAGUGGUCUUUCCGGGAAGUGCAAAACUGAAAUCCAGGAGAGCCUUUGACGAUAAUGAUCCCAGUCAACAGCAUCGAAAAAUUCUGCUUCUGACUGGCCCCCCUGGCCUUGGAAAGACUACUCUAGCCCACGUCUGUGCGAGGCAAGCAGGAUAUGAGGUUCUCGAAAUCAAUGCCAGUGACGACAGAAGCCGGGACGUGGUCAAAGGAAGGAUCAAAGAUGCCCUCGGAACUGAGACAGUGCGCGGUAUCAAAGAACAGGGCAAGGCUAGAAAAGCCGGACGCCCUGUCUGCGUCGUCGUCGAUGAAGUGGAUGGUGUCACCACGGGUUCUAGUGCAAGUGGUGGUGAAGGCGGAUUUGUGAAAGCUCUGAUCGACCUGGUGCAGCUCGACCAGAGAAACUCGUUGGGAAGUGGAAACCAAGAUGCCGCGAGAGGCAAAAAGAAGGGUGACAAAUUCAGAAUGCUCCGACCAUUGAUCAUGGUAUGCAACGACGUCUACGCACCUUCACUUCGACCAUUACGGACGAGUUCCAUUGCUGAAAUCGUCCAUGUUCGGAAGGCGCCGAUGGACAAGGUCAUUGCUCGAAUCAGGUCUGUUUUCGAAAAGGAAUGCAUUGCCUGUGACAACGAUGCUGUCCGCCGGCUGUGCGAGAACGCGUGGGGCCUGGCAAUGCGGAAGCAGAGAGGGCUAGGCUCUCGGGGAUCUGGAGAAGGCGACAUCAGAAGUGUGCUCGUACAAGCCGAAUGGAUUGCACAUAAACUGCGUGCCAACGAAACCAAAGCCCGUCUUACACGGCAGUGGCUCGAACCCCAGCUUGAACAAGCUCGAACCGAUCAGAAAGGCCUUGGACGGGGCGGCGUUCGCGAGGUUGUUGAGCGAAUCUUUCUGGAAGGGGCUGGCUUGCCUAACCUCCCAACUGCUUUGAGCGCAGACGACGCGAGACUGGUUGCUGAUUCGAAAAGCAACCCAGUUGGAGUCGCCAAUCUUCGAAAGCGAGCAGCAAUUAGCGCCCUCAGAGAGAUGGUUGAUACCUGUGGGGAGCAUGACCGAGUCGUCACGGAAUGCUUUGCCACAUAUCCGACACAAGUAUUCCAAGAUGACGUCCGACUGUCCAAACCAAAUGCAAGUUACGAAUGGCUUCACUUUCACGAUUGCUUAUCCAGUCGAGUGUUCUCGGGGCAAGAGUGGGAAUUGACGCCCUACCUUAAUACUAGCGCCUGUGGAUUUCACCAUCUUUUUGCGGCUGUCGAUAAAGGUACAGUGGCAUGGAAUGAAGAAUUGCCAGAAGAAGAAAUCAAGGAAGUCCACCCGUUCAGUGGCCUGAAAGCAGACUUCGCCGCUUAUGAGGCGGAGAAGCAGAACCGCACCUUGCUCACUGAGCUACAGUCGAACUUUUCAGGGUCGUUAUUGAGACUGUUCAGCUCCGUGGACGACAUUGCGACCGAGCUGAUACCAAAUGUAGGCAAGAUGCUGGCUCCAGAUGUGAAGCCUGUCGUGAUCGGGGGAUCCGGGAGCUCUGCCAGUGUCGCUAGUGUGCGAAAAGAGACCGAGAAGACCUGUAUCCGCAACGCAGUUCGAACAAUGUUGGCUCUGGAUGUUUCAUUUGAGAAAGUCCGUGUGGAAAUCGAGGGCGGGGGUGCUCACUCGAACGGCGGGUAUGCAUAUCGGAUGGAACCCCCUCUCGAUACACUGCUAAGCUAUCAUAUGGAUAAAUCCAGUUCGGGCGCCGCACCGGUCCGAUAUGCAGUUCGACAAGUGCUCGAUCAAGAGCUGAGGAAGGAGAGAAUAUUGCAGAACUCGGUCACCCGACACGCUCGCUCUGGCACUUCGGGCCUUGACGGAGGGAUUGAUGGUGGAGCCAACAAGGAAAACGAAAGCCCAGCGGACAAGGCGAAGGAGAUAUCUUCUCAAGGGCCUGGCACUAAGCGCGACUUCUUUGGUCGGAUCAUUAACGAGAGCCGACCUACGUCGGCCGGUAAAGGGGCGAAGGAGCGCAUGGGGCAGCUACGUACUAAAGCUGAGGGUCGAGUAUGGGUUUCAUUUCAUGAGGGUUUCUCAAAUGCCGUUCGGAAACCGAUCACACUGAGAGACUUGCUGGACGGAUUUUGA